AUGCACUCGAACUUAUUCCAGAUCACCUCCAAGAUCGCAUCGCUGUCCCGCUCAGGCUUCCUAUGGCAAGCACGGAAACUGUUCGACGAAAUGCCCAGCAGAGACACCGUGGCUUGGAACGCGAUGCUCACCGGCUACUCCCAGCUGGGUCUACACCGGGAAGCCCUUUCUCUCUUCCACGACAUGAGACUCAGCAACGCCAAGCUAGAUGAUUUCUCUUUCACUGCCACUCUGAGUGCCUGUGCUGGUCAGGGUUCUUUCCGCACUGGGACAAAAAUCCACGGUCUCGUUGUGGUUCUCGGCUGUGGAUCCUCGAUCCCUGUCAACAACUCGCUUGUGGAUAUGUACGGCAAGUGUUUUGAUCCUGGCAGCGCCAGUAACGUGUUUCGAGAGAUGAAUGGCGCUAAUGAAGUUACCUGGUGCUCGCUCCUAUAUGCUCAUGCGAAUUCCGGUAUGUUAACUGAAGCCCGACAAGUGUUUGGACUAAUGCCUGAAAGAAUAGAUGUUGCUUGGAAUAUAAUGAUCUCUGGGUUUGGGAAGUAUGGUGAAACUGAGUCUUGCUUGAAUCUGCUCGGACAGAUGCGAGAGAGUUCUUGUUGCCCUGAUCAGUUUACCUACAGUGCCGUUAUAACUGCUUGUGCUGAAUCUCUGGACUUUGUACAAGGAACUGUGAUCCAUGCUGUUGUGAUUAGAACGGGAUGGAGCUCUGCCAUGGAGGUGAAGAAUUCACUGCUCGGGCUCUAUGCAAAACUGGGUUCUUUGACUGAAGCUGUGAAGGUGUUCCAAUCUCCUGGAAUCCUAACACAGGUGUCUUGGAACGCCAUGAUUGAUGCGUACAUGAAAUCCGGAGAAACACAAAAAGCAUUUUCGGCAUUUGGACAAAUGCCCGAAAAGAAUGCAGUGUCAUGGACUUCAAUGAUCUCAGGGUAUGCACAGAAUGGAUGUGGUGAAGAAGCUCUGAACUUCUUUACUCAUAUGGUUAGAGACGGUUUGCUUCCGGAUGACUACACAUUCGGGGCAGUCCUUCACGCGUGUUCCACCAUGGCAUUGAUAGUCCAUGGCAGGAUGGUCCAUGGAUCUAUAAUGCACUCUGGUUUCCAUACUUGUGCUUAUGUUGGCAACGGGCUAGUCAACAUGUACGCAAAGUGUGGCGAUUUGGACAGCUCGAUUAUGGCAUUCGAUGACAUCUACAAAAAAGAUGUAGUAUCUUUCAAUACUAUGGUAUUUGCACUUGGCCUACAUGGGAGGGGAAACCAAGCUCUGCAACUGUACGAAGACAUGCUAGAGUCGGGAUUAAAGCCAGAUAAAUUGACCUUCAUUGGCUUGCUAAUGAGUUGUAGUCACUCAGGCAUGGUAGAGAAAGGUCGAAUGCUCUUCGAUUCAAUGAGCUCGGUUCAUUCGCUCUCCUAUGACGUGGACCACGUUGCUUGUAUGGUUGAUCUACUAGGCCGGGCUGGAUACUUGUCAGAAGCCAGAGACUGGGCUAGCAACAUGAUCAGUUCAUGUGAAGCUUUGCUCGGAGCUUGUUCGGUGCAUGGUGAAGUGGCCAUGGCGGCUUCUGUAGGGGAGGGUAUGAAAUCUGUGCAGCCUGGAAACGAGACGAGCUAUGUGCUGCAAUCGAAUGUGUAUUGUGCGAGUGGACAAUGGGAACAAGCGGAACUGCUUAGGAAGGCUAUGGCGGAGGAAGGGUUGAAGAAACCGCCUGGUUGUAGCUGGAUUGAAGUGGGGAAUAAGUUGACGAGUUUUGUGGCGGGGAACUGUCAGGCAGUUUCGUGCAACGGGGAGCUGCGUGAGACUUUGUAUUCGCUUGAAAAUGAAAUGAGAAACUUCGGGCGUUGUUGGCUUUGA